AUGGCGAAACUCGGGCAAACCGACAGGAACAGAAACCUGGAGACUCUCCUGGACUUGGACAACUCAAAAAAUGCAGUCCCUGCUGCCGUUGCUCCGCAGAAAAUUAUUCCGGGGCAUGGCCUAGAGUUCAAGAAUUUGUCUUACAGUGUCCUAAAAAAGCAGAAGAAAGAUGGUGUUUGGAUCACAAAAGAAGCUUAUCUUUUGAAUGAAAUUUCCGGGCAGGCUGUGAGGGGAGAAAUCAUGGCAAUUAUGGGGCCGAGUGGAGCUGGAAAAUCAACUUUUAUUGAUGCUUUGGCUGGUCGAAUUGCUCAGGGAAGCCUUGAAGGGUCUGUCAGAAUUGAUGGAAAGCCGGUGACUACUAGCUACAUGAAGAUGAUUUCAUCUUAUGUUAUGCAAGAUGACCAGCUGUUUCCCAUGCUCACUGUGUUUGAAACCUUCAUGUUUGCUGCUGAAGUUAGGCUUUCUUCUUCCAUUUCCACGGAUGAGAAGAAAAAGAGAGUUUAUGAGCUGCUUGACCAACUGGGUUUGCAGAGUGCAUCACAUACAUAUAUUGGAGAUGAGGGAAGAAGAGGAGUGUCAGGAGGAGAGAGAAGAAGGGUUUCCAUAGGAAUUGACAUUAUCCAUAAGCCAUCUUUGUUGUUCCUUGAUGAACCCACUUCAGGUCUUGACUCUACAAGUGCUUAUAGUGUUGUGGAAAAGGUUAAAGACAUUGCAAGAGGAGGUAGCAUUGUCCUCAUGACCAUUCACCAGCCUUCUUACAGAAUUCAAAUGCUUCUCGAUCGCAUCACAGUUCUAGCAAGGGGCAGACUGAUAUACAUGGGAAGUCCAGUUGCUCUUCCUGCCCAUCUCUCAGGUUUCGGAAGGUCAGUUCCUGAUGGAGAAAACAGCCUGGAGUACCUUCUCGAUGUGAUCAAAGAGUAUGAUGAAUCCAAUCUGGGACUUGAGCCACUUGUGCUCUACCAGCGUGAUGGAAUCAAACCUGAUCAAGCCACGAGAACCCCCGUUGCAAAAACACCAAAAACACCGCGAACUCCUUACUCGAGAACACCUGGAUCCAAAUAUGCCAUCAGUCUCCGUAGCCAAGCAUUCUCAGGAAGUGGAACACCUCGAGCAGACUCAGGACAAUCCGGUUAUGAUAAUGAGGAUGAUGAUGAGGAGUUUGACAAUUCCCUGGAACGCAAGUCGAUUGUUACACCAAUGACUAUGCCAAGUGGUGUCUAUAAUCAACGUUUGGCUUCUCAUUUUUACAAAGAUUUCUCAGUCUGGCUGUACAAUGGUGUCGUAGGAACUCCUCGUCGCCCGCCGUCCUGGACUCCUGCAAGAACUCCAGGACGAACUCCAGCAAAAACUCCAAUGUCUGGUGGUAUGAGUUUUGUUUCAAGCCAAUACUCAAUUCCUCAGCAUAACCCUUCUCGCCCAAAAACUCCUGUAGUUUUUAGUCCAUCUCCGGAUCCUUAUGCAAGUUCUUAUGAAGACUUUGAGUUUGAAGAAGAAGUUCUUGAUGAGCCUGAGCAUGGUCCCAAAUAUGCAAAUCCAUGGCUCCGGGAGGUUGCUGUUCUCUCCUGGCGCACUGCACUCAAUGUAAUUCGCACUCCUGAGCUCUUUCUUUCCAGGGAAAUCGUCUUGACAGUAAUGGCACUCAUUCUGUCUUCACUUUUCAGACGUCUUGAUCACCACGACUUCAAAACAAUCAAUAGGCUUCUCAAUUUCUACAUCUUUGCAGUGUGUUUGAUUUUCUUCUCUUCCAAUGAUGCCGUCCCAACUUUCAUUCAAGAAAGAUUCAUCUUCAUGAGAGAAAGCUCCCACAACGCCUAUCGUGCUUCAUCUUAUGUCAUUUCUUCACUGCUGGUUUAUCUCCCAUUCUUUGCCAUUCAAGGUUUCACAUUUGCGGUCAUUACCAAAUACCUGCUAAAACUCAACAGCAGUCUCAUUAUCUUCUGGAUAAUCCUGUAUGCAUCUCUCGUUACCACAAAUGCUUAUGUGAUGCUUGUGAGUGCACUUGUUCCAAGUUACAUCACAGGCUAUGCAGUUGUGAUUGCAACAACAGCUCUUUUCUUUCUAACCUGCGGGUUCUUUCUGAAGAGAGAGCACAUACCUAUUUGGUGGAGGUGGCUCCAUUACGUCUCUGCAAUUAAGUAUCCCUUUGAGGCGUUGCUUGUGAAUGAGUUCAAAGGCGACCAAUGCUAUACCGGGUCCAUUGCUGACCUUUCUCCAGGACCUCUCGGAGAGCUGAAGUUAAGCAACCUGCAUUACAAAAUCAAAGCAAAUUGUUUCAUUGGAGAAGAUGUGAUAUCCUCCUUGGAUUUUCAGUGGGACAACCUUUGGUAUGAUGUCGUUAUCUUGCUAGCUUGGGGAGUUCUCUACAGAUUACUUUUCUAUGUGGUUUUGAGAUUUUACUCCAAGAAUGAGAGAAAAUAA